AUGCAAAGAGUGUCCAACCUAGCAGCUUUCUUCUUGAUUUGGAGCUGUGGAUUUUGCUAUGCAGGUAAUUACAACAGACAAAUUUUCUUGGUUUAAUUUGAAACUGGACUUGAAAUUUAGGAGUUCUUGUUAUUUCAUUUGAAGUUCAAGUUUUCGUCAAGGGUGCCCAUGGAAUGGUCUCUUGGAAAGACUCUCCAAAUUGGAGGGACAGAUCUGGUGAGUUUUUUCAAAACAUAGUGCCAAAUAUUUAUUUCCAAUGAGUUAAGUAGUUACUAGGGAAAAAGGGGGAACUAGGGGGGUUAAAAACUUUUUAAAAAAUGCAGACAAAAAGUUUAAAAUGUUUAAAAAUGUUUAAAAAUGUUUAAAAAACUUAAAAAAUGCAGACAAAAAGUUUUUUUUUGUUGUAAUUUUUGUCCCCAGAAAUUAGAGUAUUGCUUUAUAAAACUGCAUUAGUACGCGCGGUGGGAAAAGAUUUUCAUAAAAAUCAUGAGAAUUGCACCAUGCAAAUUAGUAAUUUAUUGAGGGCUGAGUUCUUUUUUUUGUUCAUUAUACUUAAAGUAAUUACAGCACCUUGCAAGUAAUUAGGAACUUUUCCUAAAAAACGGUUUUACGAAGAAAUAUUUUUUCAUUACUGCAUGUAAAGAGCUGUAUUUGCUAACGUUUCGAGCGUUAGCCCUUCGUCAGAGCGAUUUUCUAAUUUAUGCCGAAUUGUACAUUUUACAGUUGUCCCCACUCCUGCCCCAGCGGAUGUUCAAGCGUACAAGAAACGAGGGGAAAGUGAGCUUACAAAUUUAUCCUUUUAUGAUCUGAAUUUUCUAGAAUAAGAAAUUUAAAAAUGUUGUGUCUUUGCUUUUUUUCCUUUGCCUCGUGGUUGGUACAGAAACCUCACGCUUCUUUUAUGAUUAUCAAGGAGCGUUCUCUCGCGCUUCAUGUCGAACGCUCUUUAAUCUGAUUGGUCCUUUAUAAUUUUAAGAUUCUUUUUGAUUGGCCGUUGUGAUUGCUUUGGUUUUUGUUUUCGAUUCUUUGUCUUCUGUAGGUAUUAUAACAGAAUUGAAAGGAUUGAGGUAUAAAAAGUUCCCUUUGAUACCUUGAGAUGAAAGAUUCGACGUAAUUUAAUGUUAUUUCACUUAACAGUUCAUAUUUGUGUCUUUUACAGUUCCACAUCCAUUUCCCAGAGUACACAUAGUUAAACACGUGUAUGUUCCAGCACGGACUAGCAUGACCAAAGGUGAAUUGUUAAACACACUGAUAGCUAUUUCUUUGUCAAUAUGAAAUAAAUGCUUUUUAGGCCUCAAUAGCUACCCGUAAGAUAAUAAUACAAGAAAAGUGUUGAUAUGACACGUAUUCCCAAUAAUAGAUUAAAAUUAUCGUUUGAGCGAGUGCCAAUUUUCGUCGGUCUUUUUGUUCUUAAUCGGUCUGAGUACAUUUUGUCGCUUAAAUCUUAAGUCAACGGUCAUUCCUAUAGAUGAUAAGCUGCGAAUCCGUAUUGUAAACAUUCUUGCAUGGGUACAUGUACGAAGAUAACCCAUUUAUUAUUCUAACUGGCCUGGGUGAUUAGUUUUAUUUUGGUCUUACAAAGUGAAGAUCCGUCAUUGCAUGUUCUCCUAAAAGAUUACAUUUGUAUAAAGUCAAGCGCUCUAAAAAAGAACAAAACUGUGACUAUUUCUUCUUUAUUUCUUCCGACUUAAAUAUUAUUUUUGGUUGCAGGAAGAAGACCCAAUAAAAAGAAAAAUUUAAUUCAAAGAAGUAAGUAAAUAGCUGUGGUAGAUACACGUGGUCUUUUUGAUAACUUAGCGCAUGAUACUGAACCUUUGUCAUUUUUGUGUGCGUUGUAAAUACGGAAUAUUAAUUUUAUUGCAGUUUUCUUCUCACUGCCUGUCGGCGCUGAAUUACCGAUCUAUUACACUCAUAACCAAGGUAUCGACAAAAAUUGUUGUUAUUAUUAUUAUUAUUAUUAUUAUUAUAAGUAAUAGUAGUAGCAGCAGCAGCAGCAGUAGUAGCAGUAGUAGUAGUGGUGGUGGUGGUGGUGGUGGUGGUGGUAGUAGCAGUAGUAGUAGUAGUGGUAGUAGUAUUUGAAUUUGAUUGAACAGUGAAAAACAUUACUUAUAUUUAGAAGCUGGAUAUGGAAGUAAAGAGCGGUAGGUUGACGGAUUUAUUAAAUUAUGUGCGUUUUUUUUUACUUGAUCAGUUUCAGGUUCGCAUAAAAAGAGCACGGUUGUCAAUACUGAAGGUAACGACAGGCAUUGUUUUGUUUUCCGUCGUAAUAGACCUUGGAAUUGUUAAAUCUAAUCUGUACACUUUUAUUUCUUUGUAAUGAAGCAACUGGUGCUGAGGGAAAAAGAUAUUUUUCCGACGGAAUCAAUGGGCCCUUUAGAUCAAGUACCUGGGGAAUUGAAGAACCACUAGGUACAGUAUAAGAGCGUUCACUUAUUAGUUUAUAAAUCCACUGGUAACAUAUGUCUGAUUAAAUUAAGAUUUGGAACCUUAUAAAAUUCAGCGU